UUUUGUUUCUUUGGUUUUGAAAAAUCGCCCGUUGACGACCUAUCAUACCGGUAGGGACAUGCGACUGGUCUCAUCGUGAUGCCAGGCCUCGAAGUUCCAGGAGAAUUUCUAAGGCAUGCUGUCUUGGAUACUGUUGUCCCGCAUGCUUCGAAUAUAGAUCUAGAGGCGGCGUUGACGUCGGCAUUAGAAGGAGGCGCAGAUGACCUGACCUCCGUACUCGCAUCCAUACCCCAACGGUCGCUUUUGUUCUUUGAUGAAUUCUGUACCGUCAGCAUCGUCCUGCGACUCUCCAACUGUUCGCAAAACAGCUUGAAACACCACCUCCAGAACCUGGAGAUCAAGCUCGAUGGCUUCGCAAUCGACCCAGCUGAGACGGUCGCGGAGAAUCCAACACCGACGAGGGAUUUGAUUUUCUCGGGGUUUGUUAAUCCGCAGGAAGAGCCACUGGUUGUCGUGAACGAGUUUGAGGGAGAGGCUGGGAGUGGAAAUCAUGUCUACGCGAUCUGGAAUAUUGAGACGUUUAUCAGGCGCCCGCGGAUACGCAUUCAACAGCCCUCCCUUUUGUUUAUCGCCUCUGCCAGCCUGAACCCCUCCGAGAGUCGACCAGAAGAUUUGGUUGACGAUGACUACCUCCCACCCAUGAUUCCAGCGUCUACAAACAUCUUGCAACCCCUGUCGGGAGAUAAGUCGCUCAAGCGAAAGGAUCCUUUCUUGCCUGCGUCGAGACUGUUGCGAGUCGUGCCGGCCCAAUACAGCGAGAACCCCAUCUACAAUGUCCAACAAGAGUCCGGCCAUCCCAUACGGGUAGUCCCUGCGGCGAGUGCGAGGAUACGCUAUGUUCGGUUAAACUCCUUUUCGGGGCAGCCCGCGACCAUCGCAAGCCUGGACCUGGAGGUAACGCCAUAUUUGAACUGCGACGUUGUCUUCGACAAGGCCGAUCUGCACAUGUCGGAUGGGACAGUCGAGCUCAUGUCGAAUGCGCCCGGACUCGUUCCGCCGAUACAGUGCCGCCCGCGCGACAAUAUCACUCUGAUGUACAAAUUGACACCGGAAUACGGCCCGGAUCCAAACCCGACGGCAACGGCCAUGGCGUGCUUUCUGGACAUCUCUCUGGAGGCCGUUAUCAAGCUCUCCGAGGACAGCUGCCCGCGGAUCCUCAUGCAGUGGAGGACCAAUGUGGACUUUUCCAUGGCUCUCAAUCCCAACUUUGGUGGCCCGAGUCAAGCGUUGCAGCGGAUCCACCGUCCCUCGAGUCUCUCGAUGGUGCCUCCCAUCCAGACCACCCCCCUCGGAGGAGCCCCUCCGCCCAGCAGGGGGUCUAUUCGGGAGCGAGCCUAUUCUACAGUCGACCAAGGCGUGAGCAUCUCGUUCUCCGGGCCUACCAGUGUUGAAGUGGGCAAGGCAUUCUCCUGGGACGUAUUCAUCGUCAAUCGUUCCCCCGCGCCUCGUAAAUUCGCCAUUUUCGCCAUUCCGCGAAAGAAGCGGGCGGACUCGAGGGGACAUAGUGCGCGACCGUCGUCCGCGUCGCUUUCGGGCCGGAAAGAGCACCAGGUCGCCGAAGCGGUCACCGAUGACAAUAUCGUCCAUGCGAUGCAGAAGACGGUGACCGGCCAGGAAGCCGACCUUGUCUCUUUGAGCACCGAUCUGCGUGUCGGCCCCCUCUUACCGGGCACCUGCUUUGCGACCGAAUUAAAACUGCUUCCGCUGGCGGUGGGCGCUCUCCACCUGGAGGCUGUGCGCCUAAUCGACGCCAAUACGAACGAGCCGACCGAUAUCAAAGACCUCCCAGACAUUCUUGUCUAUGAUCGGAAGGGGGUCCCCACGCCCACGCCGGAUGUAUCAUAAGCAGGGAACGAUUCAAUGUACGUUCCGUCUACGAUGUAAAUGCAUAGAUGUCAGAGUCGCGGUGGGGCUAGAAUAAUC